UAUGAAUUCCUUGGCAAAAAAUAUCUCGAGUUAAAUGAUUUGCAAAAAGCCUUAGAGUACUUUCAGUUAGACCUUGGUAUUGCUAAAGAGUUAAGAAACAAGACAAGAGAGGAAUAUGCUUGCAACCUUCUUAGUGUUACUUAUGGCUCUCUUGGUAAACUAGAUAGAGCCAUCGAGUUCUACGAGAAAUGCUCUCCGCAUCGCCGAAAACAUAGGAGAUAACGAUUCAGAAGGAAAAAUAGCUUAUAACCUGGGUAAUAAUUAUGUUUUUCUUGGCCAAUACCAAAAAGCCGUUAAUUUUUUUCAAGAAGCCCUCGGCACUUGCAAAGCCCACGGAGAUAAACUAACAGAAGAAAAAGCAUACAAUAACCUUGGAAAUACGUAUCAUGCUCUCGGUGACCUUGCAAACUCCAUCGAGUUUUACCAAAAGGCACUAAGCAUUUCCAAACACGCUAAAGACAGAGCUGCAGAAGCAAAGACAUAUAGACCUUGUCACGGUUUUCGACGCCAUCUUGACGAGUAGGCAAACGCGUGAGAAAUUACAGUGUUUGUAUGAGAAUCUAAUGUCGAAUAAUUUCCGUAGAACGGCAAUUCUGAAAAAAAUAUCUAUUGUAAACUAAAGCUUCACUCCUAAGGAUUCUCCUGAAAAAAUUUGAGGGCGUUAUAUGCACUAGAAGACCUAGAACCACUUUUUACAAUUUUCUAUACAUUUGUCUGUAAGAAAGUCCCGGGAAAAUUACAGACAAAUAUAUGGAAAAUCUAAAGCAAACCUCUGGAGAAAUUUAAGCAAGGUACACCCCCCAAAUUUUUUAGGACAAUCCUUUGCUUUGUAGCUUUAGUUUACAAUAGAUAUUUUUUUCAGAACAGCCGUUUUACGGAAAUUGUUCGACAUUAGAUUCUCAUACAAACACUGUAAUUUCUCACGCGUUUGCCUACUGGUCAAGAUGGCGUCGAAAACCGUGACAAGGUCUAUUGGAACCUUGGUCAUGUCUACAGAUCUCGUGGUGAAUUAAAAGCAGCCAUCGACUGCUAUGAAUUGGCCGUCAGUGCUUUCAAAGAGUUUGGAGACAUUGCUUCCGAGGCAAUGGCUUAUACCAGUCUUGGUAAUUGUUACAAAUCUCUCGGUGAAUUCAUGACUGCUGUGAAGUAUUACCAGAAGGCUCUUCGUAUCGCCAAAAAAGUCGGAAAGAAGCUUUCGGAAGGAUCGGCUUAUGCAAACCUUGGGGCAGCUUAUUGCUCUCUAGGAGAUUUCGAAAAGGCUAUCGAUUUUCUUCAAGAAGCUGUGAUGUGCGCCAGGUCCACUGGUUUUAAGGCUUUAGAAGGGGCGGCAUAUAUUAAUAUAGGUAGUGCUUAUUGUUCACUCGGGGAUUUUGAAAAAGCCAUUGAAUUCCUCCAACAAGCUCUAAACAUUGCCAUAGACACUGGAGACAAAUCAAGAGAAGGAGGGACUUACCACCUGCUUGGAAAAAUUCACUCCUCUACAGGCGACUACAAAUCCGCAAUCGAGUUGUUGCAGCAAGGUCUUUGUAUUGCACAAGAAAAUGGGGAGAAAUAUGAAGAAGGGCUAAUAUAUGGAGACCUUGGCUUUGCUUAUCGCUUUCUUGGUGAUAUAUGUAAAGCCGAAGACUGCUUCAAGUCAAGUGUAAAAAUAUGUGACAACCUCAGGGACUUGAUGCAAUCAAAAGACGAGUGGAAAAUCUCAUUCAGGGAUCUGAAUAAGAGAUUCUACAGUAGUUUGAUAGUCAGUCAGUUAGAGCAGCAUAAGACGCUUGGGGCACUUUUGACUGCUGAUCGGGGACGCGCACAAGCAUUGAUGGACCUUAUGGAGUCACAGUAUAACGUAAAAACUACCUCCGCGAUACCUGAGAUGCAGGCGGAAACCAUUUCAUUCAUUUCCUCGCCGACAAUUUUUAUGGCACAGAUCCCAACCUCAAUCAACUUUUGGGUACUACAAAAGGGACAAACAAUUGAGUUCGUGACGAAACAAGUAGACCGGAAUGCUUUGCAAUCUUUGACGGAAGAAGUUUUCAAAGAAAUCGGUGUCUUCCAAAGCGUUAUGUGUGAGAAUCGAUCCCUUGAUGACCCAACAGAUGAAGCCACAGAAGAUUUGCCCGAUGGGAAAUCGGACGAGUCAGGAUUGAAAUCGACUGCUUCCAAGGAUAAUGCCUUAUCAGCAUUGUCGGAAGUGGUUUUUCGGCCGAUUUUACACUUGACACAUGGUGACGAAGUUGUGAUUGUCCCCGACGGUUCAUUGUUCCUAAUCCCUUAUUCUGCACUUCUGGACAAGCGUUCCAGAUAUUUGUCCGAAACGCUUCGAGUACGACUGAUGCCUUCACUUUCUAGUCUUCAGCUUAUGGUAGAGUGUCCGCUAGAACGUCACAGUACGUCUGAGGCACUGAUUGUUGGUGAUCCGUGGGUGAAGAGUGUCCGCAUCAGAGGUAGCAGCAGACCACUCAAGCAGCUUCCUGCUGCCAGAAAGGAGGCGGAAACUAUUGGAGAAAUUCUGAAGACCCUUCCUCUAAUUGGGGAGUACGCGACCAAAGCUGAAGUGUUAAGCAGACUGAACUCUGUUUCCCUGGUACAUAUAGCAGCGCAUGGUAGUGCGCGCACAGGAGAAAUUGUUUUGUCUCCUAAUCCUACGCCGUCUAAGAGACCCGGGGAAGAGGACUUUCUUCUGACAAUGGCAGAUGUUCUUAACGCAAAAUUGCAAGCUAAACUGGUUGUCUUAAGUUGCUGCCACAGCGGCCUUGGGAAGAUAAAAGCAGAGGGUGUGGUGGGUAUCGCUCGCGCAUUUUUGGGAGCUGGUGCACUUUCUGUUCUUGCAUCCCUGUGGGCGAUUGAUGACGACGCCACUUUGGAGUUCAUGAUGAGAUUCUACGAAAAUCUCGUGAAAGGACAAAGUGCUAGUAAAUCGCUCAAUAUGGCCAUGAAAUCCAUGAGAGAAUCAGAGAGGUUCAGUGCCGUGAAAUACUGGGCUCCAUUUGUCCUGAUCGGCGAUGAUGUAACGUUGACGUUUGAGUAA